AUGGACGUGAAACCCAAUACAGAGCUCCGCAUGGCCUACUUGGGUAUACCCAAGCCCGGCGAAACACAUGACGAACGCCAAACCCCGUUCAAAUAUUGGGACUCUCGAUGCGGCUGUGAGCUGUGCGUCGAGCUCUCAUGCAUACCGCUAGGUGAGCUUAGCAAGCGGAGGGGCAUCCUCUUGAACCCCACCAGGGAGCUCACAGGGGAUACAUCUCCAUUUGCAGAGUUAAGCAAGCGACUCACCCGGCUCAAAGACACGCACAGUGGUAGCCACGAGUCUUUUCGUUUCCAAAUUGAUCUGGCAUUCCCAAACCUCACACUGGCACACUACUCCAUGCAUGUGGGGAAGGCAUCCGAAGCCAUCGCCGCGGCAGGCGAGGCUCACAAGGCUCUCGGGUACAACAUCGAUGUGUGGGGACUGAGACUCAGACCUCGUCGACCGGCGAGGCUGCAUCUCAGGUCCUGGGGUGCCUCACCCGACCUUGCCAUCUGGGCAUUCGUAGCGCUCACGCGGGCCUUCAAGGUAGUGGCACAUGCGCUGCCUGCCGUUGCUGAGAAGCACGUUGAGGUGCUGUAA